AUGAGUAGCGUCACCCAGUUUCCCUCGUAGUUUAUCUCGCUGACCAGAUUUCUCUCGCCUGGUACUUGGUUUACUGACCAGACGACCGCCGUACUGACCAGGUGACCGCCGCGCGUACGGCUACUGGCGGAGAUAUGGACCUAAUAAUUUAAUGCUAUCGCAACAAGUCGCUAUUGUAAAUUUUUUUGAACAGCAUUAUAAGUUUAAUUCACAGGUGUGCGAUGGGGAACUCGUAUGCCGGCCAGUUGAGGACCACGCGUUUUGAGGAGGUCCUUCAUAACUCCAUCGAGGCUUCUCUCCGUUCCAACACUGUGGUGCCACGGCCUGUCUUCUCACAGCUCUACCUGGAGGCAGAGCAGCUACCCCUGCACAGUGGCCGGGUGGAGAAUGAGGAGGAGGAAGAUGGCUCGGAGUCCAACAGCCCCCUCAUUCCAUACCAGAUGAAGCCCCCACCAGAAGGAUGCUGCACCACGGACGGGUUCUGCCAGGCCGGUAGGGACCUGCGUCUGUCCUCCCUGGUGUCAGAGCCUCUAAACGUGGCCCCAGGUUUCCUGCUGGUAGGGGCCAAGUCCCCCAGUGCACCAGACACACUGCUGGUGUGUGCUGUCGACCGCAGGUUCCUGCCCGACGAACGAGGACGCAACGCACUGCUGGGGUUCUCUGGGAACUGUAUAGGCUGUGGAGAGAAGGGCUUUCGCUACUUCACUGAGUUUUCCAACCACAUCAACCUGAAGCUGAGCACCCAGCCCAAGAAACAGAAGCACUUAAAGUACCAUCUGUACAGGAACAACCAGGGACAGCUGGUCAGAGGGGCUGCUAUCUGCUGGAAGGGCCUCGAGACUAGAGGGAGACAGAUGGCGCCCAACGCCUCUGACGGUCAUGUGAUCUCAGACGAGCACCUCCUCAAUCCAGCAGUCACCGCUCACCCUGGACUCCCACCCGGCAGCUAUACUGCCGGCUCCCCUGUAGGCCCCAUCGGUCAGCCUCACCUGGCCGACCUUCGCCCUCCCCUGACCAAUGGGAGCCACACACCCCUAUCCCAGAAUCCUUUGCCCCAUACGGCCGUACUGUCCAAUGGACCAGGGAGACCCACAGUUAUAGGAACACUCAAUGCGGGACCACCUAAAAAGAGACACAAAGGCUGGUCUCCAGAGUCUUCCGCUGUGAAGACCCCCCCAGCUUCCUCUUCCUCUUCCUCAUCGCUCACCAAUGGUACGAAACCAGACCAUGCCCCCCCAGAGAGUAUGUCCCAAGGGUCCUCCAACCCCCACUCUCCCCCCGGGCCGUCUGUCACAGUGCCUGAUCAACUUCUGCACACCUGCAGACUCCAGCCCGUCAUCUUCAGAGGUCACGGCAGCCUACCCCAGCUGAGUGGUAAGGUGUGUGAUGUGCAGGUCAGCUCCCUGCUCCAGAGCUGCUAUCAGAACAGCCAGGCCCUGCCCAGGGUCUACCAACACUACGGACCCUCUCCCAUACAGCCCCUGUCUGUAGAGAUGCAGAUACUACUCACUGUGUACUACCUGGUGCAACUAGGCCCAGACCAGGUCCCACUGAUCCAGGACCUGGAGCAGAUCUUCAUGCGCUCCUGGAGAGAGUCCCACCUCCGUGAGAUUCGACAGCACCAGCAGCCCCAGCCUGGCCUCUCCCUUACCCAAGCGCCCUCUACUCUGCCUGGGCUGCCACAGGCCCAGGUCCUCACCCCCUCCCAGCUGCCCUGGCUGGCCCAGCUGGCAGCCUCCUCAUGUGGGGAGGGUGUGGUGGUGCAGGAGGAGAAGGUCUCGAUGGCUCUGGGGCUGGCUGGCACCUUCACUAGGCUGAUGGAGGGACGGCUGGCUCAUACCAACUAUGUGGUGAUCAUCUGUACAGCCAAGGGACAGGAGACUGAGUCCUGUGUGGUGGUGACAGGUAAACACCAGUGUCGUAUCCUGGUUGAGGGGAUGUUCAGUCCCAGUGAUAGUCUGAGAGAGAUCAGUCAACAGCUGUCCUCUGGCAUGACCCAGGAACUCACUGCCUUCUGCAACUCUCUGGGACCUGAUGGUGAUGUAGAUGUGUUGCUGGGAGGUUCUGCUAGGGAGAGCAGGAGCCAUCCGCCCCCCCUGUCCAGCAGUCAGGAGUCCACAGGAGACAGCAGCCCUAGAGACAGACAGACGGACAGAGCUACAUGCAGCCCCAAAGAGCCAGCCACAGACAGACACACAGACAGCCCCAAAGACAGAGCUGAGAGCCACAAGGACACCUGCUCAGAGUACCGUGUGGAGUGGCGGGAGGUGCGGCCCAUCCAGUUGGCGGUAGCCAGGAAGCUGCUGUCCCAUUACCGUGUGGAGUGGCGGGAGGUGCGGCCCAUCCAGUUGGCGGUAGCCAGGAAGCUGCUGUCCCACGUGUGUGCCAUCGCCGACUCCAGCACUCAGAACCUGGACCUGGGCUCCUUCGACAGGGUCCACUUCCUCAUCUGUGUCCCUCCAUCUGAGGUCACCUUCCAACAGACCGUACUGCAUCUCUGGAACUCGGGUGUCCUCCAGCAGCUGGGGUUGGAGCAGGAGUGUCUGUCUCAGAGAGAAGCUGAGCACUACGUGGUCAAGAUGGACCAGGAGGCGAGGGCGCGCAUUGAUGACCUCAUACAGGAAGCACACAGGAACUCUAACACACUCUACAUCGUGGUCCACGACCACGCACACUGGGACAUCAGCAGUGGGCCGUAUGGUGCCAGCGUUGGUGACUCCGGCGGUGGGUUGGUGGACAGCCUGCUCAACUCCCUUCAGAUCAGAGAUGCCACCAACAUCCUGACUCUCCACGUCACCUCGUUCCCCUUUGCCCUGCAGACACAACACACACGUAUCAGCCCUUACAACGAGAUACACUGGCCCUCUGCUUUCAAUAACGACAUGGAUCUGUACCAUGAGAAGACGCGGUACUUUGGUGUGUCGGAGCUGCUGGACUCGACUCGUUCAGGCAGCGGUCUGCCUCUCCUCCGCUACGACAGCUCCUUCGAAAGCAUGGCCUCUGUCCUGGAGGAGAGGUUCCCCAAGCUACACAGUGCAGUGAUCCGGACCCAGGUUCUGGUCCAGCACUACUGUGUGGCUCUGAUGGCCGUGUCAGGUCGGCCUGGCUCAGGGGGGCGGAGCAUACAUAAACACACCUCCGUCGAGACGCUGGAGAUAGUCCAGAGUCUGCUCAGCUCCGCCCAGCGAUGCCCCACCCACCACGGUCACAUGGUGCUGCUACGGAUCCCCUCAUUGGCUCUGGCAGGGUGGGCUCACCAGCGGCUGGCGUGGGUCAGACAGAGACUGGGGCUGGGGGAGCGCUUUGAGAUCAUCCUGGGAAACCCCAGCCAAGCCCUCAGCGUAGGACAGAGCUUCACUGAGCGCAUCAAGGCAUGGCUGAAGAUCCAGGAGACAGACUGGGUUCCCCGUACCUACCUGGAGCUAGAGGCCCUCCCCUGUAUCCUCAUCCUCUCUGGGGCAGACCCCCUGGGAGAAUCACUACCCAGAUCACUGAAGUACUGUGACCUGCGUGUGAUAAGCUCCUCCUACCUGCAGCGCACGUCAUUGGAGGAGGAGCUGGGAUUGGCUGCCUACCUGAUGAGGGUGGAGUCCCAGGGGUCACAACCCCUCAGCCACGUCCCCGGCAGCGACCUAUCAGAGAGCGACCGGGACAAACUCCGAAGUACCGACAACGAGGAGGAGGAGCGAGAGAACGCUCUGAAGUCGGAGCUCCCUGGUUUGGGUCAUUUCCCUCCCCCCCACCCUCACUCAGCCCCCCAGCCCCUCCGACCCUUCCCCGACAGCAGUGCUGCGGCCACUCUCCAUCUCUACACCACCCCCCCUGACCCCCAUCACUCCUCCACCUGUCCAAACCCGAACCCACCUAACCCCUCCGACACCCAGCGCUGGCCCUCCAAGUCAACCUCCUCUGACUCCUCCUCCCCCCUUCCCCCCUCCCCCCUUCAGAGCUGCUCCUGGGCGCAGGGGGUGAGUCGCCCCCCCUCCGUGCUGCUGCCCCGGGCGCUCUAUGACAUCAUCACGGCGUGCGACGAGGGCGGACUGCCUCGCUGCACCUCCUUCCUGCCGCACCUGUCUGUAGACUGGGCCAGCUCCUUCAGACCUCUUCUGAGUAAGAUGAUGACGUGUACAGAACAGUCUCUGUAUUACCGCCAGUGGACCAUCCCAAGGCCUUGCCACAUGGACAGCAGCAACCGCCCCGCAGAGGGACGCACGGACAACUUCCAUCCCCGCAGACUGCUGCUCAGCGGGCCCCCACAGGUGGGGAAGACAGGGGCGUACCUCCAGUUUCUGGGCAUCCUGUCUCGUAUGCUGAUCAGACUGAUGGAGGUGGACAUCUAUGACGAGGAAGAGAUCAACACCAGUGACCAGCUGGAGGGUGUCCAGUACCACCCAGCCUGUGCUCCCUGGCCGAUAAUAGACACACUGAGGAGCAUGCCCUUCGACUACACCGUCCACAACCCCAAAUAUGAAGACAUCAGCACGGUCUAUUGCCCUGACUACUACCCCAACACUGACGGAAACCCCAGACGUAAGGAGGACGUGUAUCUGCGGAGGCGUACGGCCAGGAUCAAACUGUCCAAAUACGCAGCCUACAACACCUACCACCACUGUGAGCAGUGUCACCAGUACACAGGCUUCAACCCCGGAUACCAGAUGUAUGAGUCGCUGCUGCAUGGCUUCACCUUCUCCCACCUGCUGCUGGGGGAGGAGAUCCAGCUCUACUUCAUCAUCCCCAAGUCUAAGCAACACCACUUCAGCUUCAGCCAACCAGGAGGCCAGCUGGAGAGCAUGAGACUGCCCCUCACCUCCGAUUGGAACCCAGACUGCAUCAAGAGCCCCAUCUUCACCCCGACAACGGGUCGUCAUGAGCACGGCCUGUUUAACCUGUACCACGCCAUGGACGGGGCGGCCCACCUCCACAUCCUGGUCGUCAAGGAGUACGAGAUGGCUGUCUAUAAGAAGUACUGGCCCAACCACAUCAUGCUGGUGCUGCCCACUGUCUUCAAUGGAGCCGGCAUCGGUGCUGCCCACUUCCUGAUCAAGGAGCUGUCUUAUCACAACCUGGGGCUGGAGCGCAGGCACAGGCUGGAGGGAGGAGGGCCGCCGGCCGACGUCUGGCCCUUCAUCAUAGUCUCUGAUGACUCCUGCGUCAUGUGGAACGCCGUGGACCCCAGUGCCUCAGGGCCUGUAGAGAGGAACGUGUCUCUGAAGCAGGUGCUGCAGCACAUGGAGGCGUGUCCCGACCUCACCCAGUACGGCCUCUGUGGGAUCAGGAAGUGGGGCAGUCGCUCCCCGAGUCAGGGGAAGGGGGGAGGAGCUCGUCACGAGGAACCGUUUUCCAGAGGACACCUCCACGACUUCCUGCUUCUCAAUGUGAACCUGACCCAGGACGUCCAAUACAACGAGAACAGGUUCAUGUGUGAUGAUGUGGACUUCACCCUGCGAGCCCACAGUGCUGGUCUGCUCAUCUGUCGUUUCAACAACUUCAGUGUGAUGAAGAAACAGAUCGCUAUCGGAGGAUACCGUACCUUCAUCAUCAAGACCAAGAUAACCGACGUCCCCACCUCCAUCCAGCCGUCACAGUAUAUCUGUGCCCCGGACAGCAAGCAUCCAUUCCUGGCCACGCCUGCACAGCUACUGCUAGAGAAAUACCUGCAACACACCAGCCAACGGCUGUUCCCCCUCAGCGCACGCAACUACACACACCCCAUUCUGUCUGUAGACUGCUACCUCAACCUGGGGCCUGAGGUGACGGUGUGUUUUGUGAGUUCCAGACCUCAAUCCAUCAACAUCAGUACAGCAGAGCUGCUGUUCAGCGGCCUGUUGCUCUGCUUCUGUGAUUCCUUCGUCACACCAGGCUUUCUUAAGAAGUUUCACUUCCUCAAAGGGGCGAUUCUGUGUGUGAUAUGUGCUGACCGCAGCUCUCUGAGACAGACGGUGGUGAGGCUGGAGCUAGAGGACGAGUGGAGGUUCCGGCUGAGUGACGAGUUCCAGACAGCCAAUGCUAAAGAGGACCGCCCCCUCUUCUUCCUCACAGGGAAACAUAUAUGAACUGCCGUACCCCUCACCGUGAGCCCUGCAGUGGGGUCAAAACAGAAAGCCAAAAACUGUCUGUAUUCUUCUGGUGGAUCAAGCCAAUAACCCAUAGACAGUAGUUGGUAGUGAAUAUAGCUACAGUUGAAGUCGGAAGUUUACAUACACUUAAGUUGGAGUCAUUAAAAAAAAAAUUCAGCCGCUCCGCAAAUUUCAUGUUAACAAACU